UCCAGAGUCACUCUACCCUCCUCACAUCCCAUCAAAGCUGCAGACGACGACAACACUGACAAUGUCUGUGAGAGCCUUGAAGACCACCACCUUCUCCACGUCCUCAUCUUCCAGGGGUCCAUCCCAAGGCUUCAGCAGCCGCUCCUUCUCCGGCUAUGGUAACCGAGGCAUGGCCGGGGGCCGGCAGAACUACGCUGUCCGCAGCUCCUAUGGUGGAGUGGGCAGCAGCGGUGCGGCCAUGGGUGCUGGGGGCUUCAAGGUUGUGGGUGGCUAUGUCGCUGGGGGGUCUGCACAGAGAGGAGGUGGAGUAGAGUUUGGCUACGUGGGCUUCGGUGGAGGAAUGGCCGGUGGCGUGAGCCAUGAAGUCGUGGCUCCCAUCACAGCAGUGACCGUCAACAAGAGCCUGCUGGCCCCUCUGAACCUGGAGAUUGACCCCACCAUCCAGGCCAUCAGGACCCAGGAGAAAGAGCAGAUCAAGACCCUCAACAACCGCUUUGCAUCAUUCAUUGACAAGGUGCGCUUUCUGGAGCAGCAAAACAAGAUGCUGGAGACCAAGUACAAGCUUCUUCAGGAGCAGACCACUUCUCGGUCAAACAUAGAUGCCAUGUUCGAAGCCUAUAUCUCAAACUUGCGCCGCCAACUGGACAACCUGGGCCAAGAAAAGCUCAAACUUGAGUCUGAGCUUCUUCAAAUGACAAAUCUAGUGGAUGACUUUAAGAACAGGUAUGAAGAGGAGAUCAACAAGCGAAACGAAUGUGAGAACAACUUUGUCCUCAUGAAGAAGGACACUGAUGCUGCGUACAUGAUCAAAGUGGAGCUGGAGGCCCAAAUGGAUGCGCUGUCAGAUGAGAUAGACUUUCUCCGUCAAAUCUAUGAUGCUGAAAUCAACGAGCUUCAGUCGCAGAUCAAAGACACCUCUGUGGUGGUGGAGAUGGACAACAGCCGAAACCUGGACAUGGAUAGCAUUGUUGCCGAAGUGCGUGCUCAGUAUGAGGACAUCGCCAACCGCAGCAGAGCUGAGGCCGAGUCGUGGUACCAGAACAAGUAUGCUGAGAUGCAACAGUCGGCGGGAAAAUAUGGAGAUGAUCUGAAGUCCACCAAGGCCGAGAUUGCUGACAUGAACCGCAGAAUAAUGCGGCUCCAGUCAGAAAUAGAGAUGGUUAAAGCACAGCGCAACAGUCUGGAAGCUCAGAUCACAGAGGCGGAGGAACGAGGCGAGGCAGCUGUAAAGGAUGCUAAACUUCGAAUUCGGGACCUGGAGGAGGCUCUGCAGAGAGCCAAGCAGGACAUGGCGCUGCAGGUCCGACAGUAUCAAGAGCUGAUGAACGUGAAGCUCGCGCUGGACAUUGAGAUCGCUACGUACAGGAAGCUUCUGGAGGGAGAAGAAGACAGGCUGGCAACGGGAAUCAAGACAAACAUUUCCAAGCACACGUCUGUGAACUUCAACACCUACGGCCUGGAGAGCUCUAGAACCCCGGCAUUUGUCAGCGCCACCUACAGCGGCGUCCAGGCAGUGAGCAGCUCCAUUCCAGCUCCAGAGGAGGCAGAUGUGAAGAGCGCUACCAUCACCAAGACAGAAGCCGUUGUCAUCAGCACCGAGGAGCAGAAGGAGGGAGAAGGAGAACAGGUAGCGACGGAGGUGCCAGCUGCAGAGGAGGUGAAGGAGCAGGAGCAAGUCGCCACUGAACCAGUGCUGGAGGAGUAAUGCGCGCGUCAUGGCCUGUCUACACGGAGUGAAAGUGGAGUUGAAUAAAUCUAU